UUCUCGAAGCAGAAAGGCCUUAGAAACGAGCACGAUGUCCCCGCUACUUCUCCUAGGUCUUCAGGCACUUCUCUUUGGAUCUUCAGUCAGUGUUUUGGGCACAUCAGUCAAAAUACAAUGCCCUGAAGGAUUCCACAACAUUGCCGACCGUUGCGUCCAGUUCCUGACGGAGCCUGGAAGCUGGCAUGAGAUGAAGGACAAGUGCUUCAACGUGGGCGCCCGCGUGGCCAAGGUCGACUCCGACAACUUCAUGUACUACCUCGUCAAGUUCAUCAAGGAAAACAAGCUCGACGGCCACACGUACUGGAUCGGCGCUUCAGACGAGGGCCACGAGGGCGACUUCAGGUGGACGGACGGGACGGCGGUCAAGAUGGGGACGCCGUUCUGGGGCGAUGACGGCGACCAGGUGCAAGAACCCGACGGAGGAAGCAAGCAGAACUGCGUCAACCUGAACAUGAACGAUCACUUCUUCUUCGGCGACUCGAAGUGCAGCGUGGAUUUUGCUGUCGUUUGCGAGAAGGUUUAAUGAAGCGUUGGGAAAA